GUAUGUAAGUCACAACCAGUUGCCCAGACGCUGCAGCACAUACUGAAGGGUGUCUUGGUGUAGCUUGUAAGUGGCAGUAGAGCAACUGGUCAGCAGGAAAGUGAGAACUAACAUGUGAAAUGGCACAGCGGGUAAGGCUAUCGCUCUGUUGAGACAUCUUCGGUUUGGGCUGACAGCUUCAUUUGUUAUUGUGUAGCGUGUGAGUGAUUCCUCGGAUACUACUAGGUGCAUACUACUCACUGGCUGGCAUCUUCUUGCUGCACAGGGAGUAGGUGAAUUCCCGGACCACUUUAAGCUGUAUAGUGCAGGCUGAUCAGGGAAUGCUAACUCGAAUAGCGGGUACGGACUCUCUAGACCCUCUAAUAAUACAGCUGUAGUUAACAGAAGGCUGCUUGUCAUAAACAGAGUGUAAGAAUUUACCAAAUGAUACUACACCUGUAUAUGAUAGGCUAACGGGCUUGAACAUGUUGAAAUAGGGCGUAAGCAUCUAGCAGACUAUCCUGAGCUGUGGAGCAUCGACUGACCGAGAAAUGCGCGUUGGUUUAGCGUGUAGGUGACUGUUAAACAUCCCCAGCUGUGCAGAAUGAACUGACUAGCUGCACUGCAAUGCAAUAGCGGGUGAGUAUAACUGGCGGUCUACUGAAGCUGGGUGGUAGUGACUGACGCGCGCUUUUGUGUUGCGACAGGAAGUGAGUAACUGCGUGAACCUUCCAAAACCGCAAGGAAACAUUAACGGAAAGCUUUGUCUUCAAAUAGUUUGACGAACCUUGGAGUGCCGAAAUCGACGUCACGCUUGCCUGUGCCCAUACAGAUGGGACCUUGUCAGGAUCCGCUGCUCCGUACCAAGGCCACCAAUGUGCUUGGUGUGAGCCACUGAUCUUUGAAGCAGGAAAUGCAACCCUUCUGCAUCCCGAGAAUGAUGCAAGCGACUGUUCACUUCGGUCUGUGUUGUCCGGGCAGGCUGGGGUUUCCAAUGACUCCGCCUCAGUCGCCGUCGAAAGGAACGCAGACUCGCUGCUCGCUAUAUAUCCAGAAGGACGUUUUAUCUCACGAGUAUACUAUCGUAAGCUUCUCAAUCUUCCUGAGCCUUGCCCCUGGCGCAUCUUUGAAGCCCCCUCUCAGCCAGCAAGAAGGACCCCAGAACACCGCGAGAAUAUCGCAGUCCGAACCUCAACCGGUACACGACAAAAACACGACCAACUUCACUCGCGUCCAGCCGCUACGCUCAUGGCUCCAGAGCUGCGACGAAUGUCAUGAUUGCCGGAGCGACUCCAGGUCCAAGAAACGCUUCCUCCCAGCGCGCCUCCUCAACGUCCACCCGUCGGGAGACCCCGACCAAUUGCGUCUAGACGAUGCAAGCGCGUCGGAGGGGAACGGAUACCUCGCGCUGUCCCACUGCUGGGGAAAAUCUGCCGCUGGACAGAGUCCCAUGUGGCGCACUCUGGCAGCAAACCUAGCGGUACGCAUGCAGGGGUUCACGCUCGACGAGCUGCCCAAGACCCUCCAAGACGCCGUCUUGGUAACGCGGGGGCUUGGGGUGCCAUACCUCUGGGUCGACUCGCUCUGCAUCGUCCAGGAUGACGCCCGGGACUGGAACCGGGAGUCGAAGCGGAUGGAGGACGUCUAUGCCUCGGCAUACUGCACGAUAGCAGCCACGUCCGCCCCGGACUCGAGCACCGGGUUCCUGGAAGGGCUGCCACGCAACGAUGGCCUCUUUGUCGAGAGCGCCGAUGGGCGGGUUGCAUACGUCUCUACAAACGUGGCAGACUUUGACGACGACGUAAAUGCGUCCGGACUCAACCGACGGGCGUGGGUCAUGCAGGAGCGGCUCCUCUCGCCGCGGACGAUACACUUUACCAGCAAUCAGGUGUACGGAGAGUGCGGAGAGGGCAUAUACGCGGGAAACGGCGUUUUUCUGCGAACCAGGAGGGGGACCAAGCGAUACUUCCAGAUCGACCCCAAGUUCCCGAACCGGCUCCGAAGCUCGGGAUUCGCGACGACCUGGGAGUUUCUCCGGUCGCUGCUGGAGGAUUACUCGCGGCGCGGCAUUACGGAGCCGUCGGACAGAGCGGUCGCCGUUUCCGGGCUGAUGGCGCGUGUGCAAAAGGCGCUGCCGUGCCCGGUCCACCACGGCAUCAUGGACUGGUAUCUCCACAGGUCUCUGCUCUGGCACCGGGGAAAAGCGGUUACGGGGAGAAAGAUUGACUACAAGUCGUCGACCGUGCCCUCGUGGUCGUGGAUGGCCUAUGAGGGGCCCGUCGGAUUUCUGCCCGAUGGAUUCGGGACCCUGGAUCGGUUCGGUCACGUUUCGUUCGACAGGACGUCGCUGACGACGACCGUUUGGGAGUUCACUGAAUCUGGGUUGCGGGUGGUUGACGCGGGAAUCGACAGUGGCCGUGACCACAUUUAUGACUCGAGGGGACGGUCGCGCGGCUGGAUCACCCUUGACGGGGAUACCGAGUCACCCUUGCCACGAUACUUGGCCGUGCUUGCAAGGCUGAAAGGGGGCCAAGCUGAGGAACACAAGUACUACGUGUUGUUCCUUCAGCUCAUGAAGCCACAAGAGGGUGAAGAACGCCUAUGGCAGAUGACGUAUGAAAGACUUGGAAUGGGCAUGCUGGAGGGGGACUGCGAGUUGAGAAACGUUGGGCAAGGCAGCAUAUUGUGAGUGUCCCACGUAUUCCAUUUGACGGGGCUCUAUCAAAUCAAAGAGCACGUUGUGCUGCCUUUCGAGUCUUGUGCGCUUUCUGGUUAGGCCCCAACCACGGUGCAAUAAUGGUGUGCCACAGUGGGUGUCGAGGGGCAGAAAGACUCUUUUGUCUGAAUACCUGUUAAGGGUAACACUGUUGUGAUGAAUGUCAGAAAUUCAUGCAUCACCGGUCGAUGGGUUGCUGGCAUUC